AUGGAGAGCAAGGAAAGUAGCCUGGGAACACCUUCUGCUGCAGCAUCUAAUGCAGAUGAUCUAGGUUUAACCCAAUUCCAAGGCUUUUGGAUCCCUUCUCGGAGUGUUCCCACUUCAUCCAUAAUCGCAUUUCAGAAAAAUUUCCAGGCUCUUGAUGAUGAUAUCAUUGUUGUAUCUAAGCGCAAAUCUGGCACCACUUGGCUGAAAGCUUUGGUGUUUUCCAUCGUCAACCGCCAUCAUUAUACGUUCUCAAACACCCCCUUGAACUCUACAAAUCCUCAUCUACUGGUUCCUUAUUUGGAUAUCCAUCUUUACAAAAAAAAUCCUAAUCCUGAUCUCUCUACAAUAUCCUCUCCAAGGUUGUUUUCUACUCAUCUCCCGUAUCCAAUGUUAGCCGAUUCCAUCAAACGUUCAAAUUGUCGGAUUGUUUACAUAAUCCGUAAUCCAUUUGACAUCAUUGUCUCACUUUGGCACUUUCUUAGAUUUAUGGAUGAUCGGUCAGUGGAAGACCAUUUUGAGAUGUUUUGUAGAGGUGAAGAAGGGUAUGGACCCUUUUGGGACCAUGCUUUAGGGUACUGGAACAUGAGCUUGGAGAAGCCAUCGAAUGUAUUGUUCUUGAGAUAUGAAGAGCUGAAGGAAGAUCCAGUGGCUCAAACAAAGAGAUUGGCUGCAUUCUUAGGAUUUCCUUUCUCUAUCGAAGAAGAGAAAACAGUAUGGUUAAUCAAAUUGUUGAUUUUGCGCUUUCAACAAUUUGAAAGAUUUGAAGUCAACAAAGCUGGAAGAACCGGGAUCUAUAAUACCUAA